AUGUAUCAGUUCCACGCCACCGUAUACGAGGUUGUGGAUGAUCCUACAUUGGAUUCAGUAAUCUCAUGGAGCAAAAGCAACAAGAGUUUUGUCAUCUGGAAUCCUCAAGAGCUAAUCGAAAGAAGUAUUGUUUCGAGAUUCUUCUGCAGAGAGUUGUCACAGUUUAUCUCCGACGUUGAACUUUUUGGAUUUAGAAGAGUCAAAGGGUCUAAGCACUUGAAGUUUACGAAUGCUAAUUUCGUGAGAGGUCAACCAGAUCUCUUGAAGAAGAUGCAGAGCGAGACUUCCUUUGCUAGGUUUAAGAAGAGAAGAAGAGCAGCCAGAGCUAAAGCCCAAGUUGAAGAACGCUUGCAACGUUUACAAAUCUGA